AUACGAUGUCUCGACAUUAUCGUUUGAUUGAAAGACACGUGGAUGGUAAAUCGCGCAAUACAUGUCAGGUCAUGUGUGUAGAUACAUCCAAAUAUGAAUCUUUUGGGGAUAGUAAAACAAAUUACCCAUCCGCGAGUCGAUUAUCCGUUUCUGAUAGAAACCGCUUGUCGCGAGUGAUAUUUUUAUGGGGGCGAUAUUGACCACGGUUCAGUGCAUUUAGAAUCACCCAAGCUUGUGAUUCUCGAUAUUGUCUAUCGAUAACCGCAGUCUUGCUGUCAUUUGAUACAGUCCGUAUAUUUGUAAAAAAAUCGGGUUUUUCGUUUUCUCGUCUCGAGAGUUUAAUUAAACCGUUUCUCUUUGGAACACAAAGAAAAAGUACCGAUAGCGGAUUGAAAAGUUAUUACAUGACCAUGGUCUUUUUGUUAGCGUGGAAAUUAUUUUUCUAGAAAAUUGCAAAAAUUGUAAGUGUUAAUUUUUAAAUAUGCAUGAACGCUACUUGUAACAUGUUUUUUCUAAUUUUAUUGAUUUGACAUUUAGAAGAUGCGAUAAACAAUCGUCUAUAACUAUAUGAAUAGUGAGAUUGAACAGUGCAAGUGCGUUACGACGGAACAUACGUAUUUAAAAAUGCAAUUCGACGUCAUGCAAGUUGACAUUACGAACAAUAAUGUGAGGUACAGUUUGGACAAAAAAAUUUUGUUGCAAUUUUUCACAUCGUAAAAUGCCGCAGUACGACGACAGCUUUCUCGAUUCGCCGAGAUUUCGGCGGCGAACCCGCAGCUAUACAGUGCAAAAACAGUUUAUGUCGAAAUCGAAGUCUUUUCACAUCACGGCCACACCUUUGCUGCUGGCCGUAACCAAUCACGCCAGAAGUCUUUCCGGUUCCUUAUCGACCUGCAAUUUAAAAGAAGUCGAGGAGCGCUUCAGCGGGAAGGCGCGCGGCGGUAAACUAGCGCGUCGUGCGCGCUCCUUCAAAGAGGACUUUCUGGAAAAGCUCUCCCACAUGCGUUCCCCUGGUAGCGGUAGCGGCGGAGGCAGCGGGGCGGCUACGAGGGCCGCCUCGCCCUCGUCACCGCGUACGCCGCGGGAUAAGAGCGCCCCGGGUUGCAACGAUUCCGGCACCACUCUGGAUAAGAAUCCCCUGCGCGAUCUGCAUAUCCACGUACGGCAGGUGCAGCUAGCACUGCUACACUUCCGGGAUGUCGUAUCCAAGAAGAAGCUCGAGAUGCUGCCCGGAAACGGCACAAUCGUCCUUGAUACUGUUACCACGAUACACAACGCUUUGAAAUCCUAUCUGCUCUAUGAGAACAGUUCCACAUUGGGAUCCGCCACGAAUCAGGUGUACCAAGCGUUAGCGCAAUUGCUGAAACUCUGCGACGACGUAUUGCUGCAUGGUGAUCAAUCUUCUGCUUUAGACACCGAAAACGUGACGCAUGUUAUUGGAUUGGUCGAGGAAGCAGUGAAAAAUCUAGUAGCACUGGCGCACGAGAAAAUUGCUAACAAGCAGAAGCCUUCACCUGCUACAAAUAAUAAUAGAACUUCCGGAUAUGGGUCGGAACUGACGCAAAGAAAUUCUCUGCCGGAUAUACCCCUGACACCAAGAGAACGGCAAAUCUUGGAGCAAACGGCAGCGAGUAGUAGUUUGGUUCGCAGCUCGCACAGUUCCGAGUCGAUUUUACGGGAUUCUAGUCCACCCCCAAAACCCCCGCUGCCUGACAGAACAAACGUAUGUUUGUCGGAGGAAAACAACUCUUUUGGUACACCUCCUCCAUUACCACCGAAGAGAAGAACAAGGGCCCAACAACUUCUGGAUGAAUCGGAGGGUCUUUUGACAUCUAGUCUUGAUAGGGUAUCUCUUCGAAGUCGAUCUCCAGAGGAUUCGUCGUCUCUUCUGAGCGCAUCGGCCGGUAGUUUGGAUUCAGCUCUGAAUCAUUCCCGAGACGAGGACGAGAUUCGAGCUAUAAUGGGACCAAAUGACGAAUCUUUGAAUGAUAGUAUGGACCUAAGUCUUAUGGCUACUAUCCAAGGCAUGCAAGUUAAUGGUACUUCAAACUGUAAUUGCUGGGAUGGUUCUGAAACUAAUAUACCAAGUACUAUGUUGCUAGGCCAACAAACACCUCAAGAAAUACUUAAUCCUUUCACUGGUAUAGAAGAAAAGAUGGAGCGACUAUCUACUCAAACGCAGGAAUCGGGUUUUGUUUCUAUGCAUUCUCAACGAAGUUCAUCCCAAAGUUACACCACUGCGUCAAAGAGAUCAUCACAACAGAGCAGCAUUAGUUAUAAUUCUCAAUCAUUUAGUGCACAGCAACAGUCAUUUUCUCAGACCAAAUUAUCCUCGGACAGUAAUGGCUCUAUUUUUACACAGAAGAUGAUGACUAGUUCGAAAAGUACUAUUAGCACCACUAACGUAUCUGGAAAUGGAGAUCCAGUUUUAUUAGAGAAACUGGUAAAUGAUAUGGAAUCGAUAGCUACAUCUGACUCUAACGGAGCGCCUCCAGCAUUGCCAGAGAAACGAUCCAAACGAAGAAAGGAACGACAACCGUCGCAGUACGACAACGUACCAGAAAAUGAGCAUUUAUCCACAUGUACUUUGCACACUAGUAACGAAGAUAAUCCGGACGCCAAUAAACCACCUCCUCUGCCUCUAAAAAAACGGCACAUGUUCCAAUCAGUGGCAUAUUCUGUUAUGGCGUACAUGGAGAUGUUUGGGAACUGCUCCCAUAGUAAUAACGAUUUCAUCUCGGGUCUUGGUACUCGUCAUUCUGUAGCAGCCUAUAAUUCGAUGCAAGCGGAAUGGCAGCAGCACGAAAUGUCUCUUACCACAACGCAAUCGUGUUCCUUUAUGACACAUACUGUGACUGCUCUACAUGAUAGCUCAAGCCUUUCUGUGACGACAACACCGAGUUCGGUAGAAGCAACAAAUAAUUCUAGUCUACCUCCGGCAUUACCACCAAAGAGAUCUCGUUCCAUCAAAUCAAACAUUACACCUCCACCAAUAUCACCAAAACCUACUAUAAGCAUGCAAAAUAUUCAUAACUCGGAUCCCAUCGUGACGUCAACACCUCUAAAAUCAGAGGAAUCAGCAUACGCACAUGAAAAGAAAGAUGUUACACCUUCGACUCCAGUAAAAUUGGUAAACAUUAAUAAUAAUAAUGUUAUUAUGGAUACAGUAUUACCAUCGUCUAGACCUGCUAGUAAUGCACUCUCUUCCAUGUCAGUUGAUGAAAAUACUCUUGAACUAAGGGAUAUUGAUCAAGAUGAUAGUAUUUUAGAUGAAUUAGAUAUUAGUAAAUACUUGGUAUUGAAAAAACCAGAUGAGGAAGGUCCAGACAUACGUGGUGGACAUCCGGAUGCAUUAUUAAUUCAUGCCACAAAAGCGAAUAAACAUGAUGAAAAAGAAUCAGAUUUUCUGUAUCAAGAAGCAUUUUUAACAACAUACAGAACUUUCAUGCAACCAUUAGAAUUAAUUCGAAAAUUACAUAGACGUCACCAACGUUUUUCAUGUUCUCCAGAUGUUGUCAAGCAAAGAGCUGCGCGUGAAGCGUUUUCUUUACUAGUUAGAGUCGUUAGUGAUUUAACAAUAUCUGAUCUUGACGAUAUUCUUUUGCAAACUUUAAUGGAAUUUGUACAGCAAUUAGUAUGCAGUGGAGAUCUCACUAUGGCCAAAGCGUUGCGAGUUAAAAUUUUAGAGAAGCACACUAUGAAGCAAUUACAAGCAGCACAACCAAUUCUCUCAUCUCUAAGUGUAACAACGAAACAAGCUUCCCUAUUAGAUUUUAAAAGCGAACAGAUUGCGGAACAAAUGACACUACUUGAUGCUGAUUUGUUUAUGAAAAUAGAAAUUCCGGAAGUGCUUAUUUGGGCGCAAGAACAGAACGAAGAGAGAAGCCCGAAUCUCACGAGAUUUACUGAACAUUUUAAUAAAAUGUCGUAUUGGGCACGUUCUAGGAUUUUAGAACAUCGAUUAGAAAAUGAAGCGAAAGAUAGAGAAAAAUAUGUUGUAAAGUUCAUCAAAAUAAUGAAACAUCUUAGGAAGAUUAAUAAUUUUAAUAGCUAUCUUGCAUUAUUAUCUGCAUUAGAUAGUGCACCCAUCAGGAGACUUGAAUGGCAAAAACACAUUACGGAAGGUCUUAAAGAAUAUUGUGCUCUCAUUGAUAGUUCUAGCAGUUUCCGAGCUUAUAGGCAAGCUCUGGCAGAAACACAACCGCCAUGUAUUCCUUACAUUGGACUUGUUUUGCAAGAUCUUACGUUUGUGCAUAUUGGAAAUAGCGAUUUGUUACCAGAUGGCACUAUAAAUUUCUCCAAGAGAUGGCAACAAUUUAAUAUUGUUGAAAACAUGAAAAGAUUUAAAAAGGGCACGUACUCUUUUAAGAAACACGAACGUAUUAUGACAUUUUUCAACAACUUUAGCGAUUUCCUUUGCGAGGAGGCGAUGUGGCAAAUUUCCGAAAGCAUCAAGCCACGUGGUGGCAAGAAAGCACAGCCACAAAACUAGAAUAUAUCUAACCCUUUCACUGCCUGCGUCUCGAAAGGCUGAAACACAGUGAAUUAGGAAGUUUAUAUUUAUGUAGGUGUAUACUUUUUUGUGGGAAAAAAAAACAAGAGAAAAUUUUACAACGCUCUAAGAGCGGUGAAAGGGUUAGCAAGUCUACCCCCAUUCGACAGCCUCUGUGAGGUCAUGUCUUAUAUUAUUAAAUUUCGUGAAAUUUUAGUAAACAAAUCUAUGAACUCGGUAUUUAACGCAUUCAUAAUGCAUAUUUAACUUAAAAUAAUUACGUUUGUGCGAGCAUCAAUCAGAAAUGAAGAAUGCCAAAACUCGGAUUCACUGGAAAAAGUUUCGGUACGUUAGGUAAACUUAAUAUCUAUCCCAGUGCAUUUUCAACAGUCUUUCCGUUCACUACAAAGCCAAUAUAACAUAUUUACUACGAGGAUAUGCAAUCUAUACUUAACUACAAGUUGUAACGACAUUUAUCGUAAUAUUAAUGAAAGAAACCCCGAUCUUCAGCUGUUCUAGAUACAUUUAAGAACACUUUAUUUAUUUGUCUUUGCUAGCGAAUUGUAUAAAGUAGUACGUGUUCUUUUGUUGUCCUUUUUAAUUUAUUUAGAUGUAUGUGAACGUCCAUUUCUAGCUUUACGUAGAUAAGCGAAUUUUCGAGCGUCAACAGGACACUGUUGAUUACACAAGGAUGAACACCAAUUACGUUGAUUAAUGUAGGGCCAUUGUAGUCUCGCAUUUGCGUUCUGAUACGCGCGUAUCGAGACACAUGGCACGACUGAGCGCAACUGUUACAUAUACUAUUGUAUAUGAUGAUAGAAAAAAAUGCUUUUUUUGUUGGCAACUUGUUAAUAGGUCUCCGAGCUUUCAGCUUUAAAUCACAUAUGAUUACCUAGCAAUUAGGUAAAGUAAAUAUGAACUAUAUAACAAAAAAUAUUAAUACAAGUUUAAUUUAACUGCAUAAUUUAUCACAGUUAUAGAUAAUUCUUUUAAUUAAAAAAUCUUGAUCUGACUUCUAAAUUAUACGCUUUUUUCAUAAUACAUUCCGUAGAACAAAGGGAAAAGUCGAAUUAAUUUGAUUACUAUUGAAAAAUAUAAAUUUGUAUUUUUUCUAACAUUUAACAUGUAUCGAUACAGUUUUUACCCAUAUAUAUAAGAGUGUGAAAGAUAUUGCCUAUAACAAUAAUGUAUCAUUUUGCGUUACUUAUCUUAAAGAAUGAAUCAAAUGAAUGAAUCCAUCUAUUUAUUCUUUUUUAGCAUUUUAUUUGACAAAAUUGUUUUAUAUUUUUUUUAUAAUAAUGGCUGCGCGUAUCAAUUAUAAUUCAUUAAUUUUCGAACUUUAUCCUUGCUGUGCAUACACAUAUGUUAUAAUAUUUAAUAAUACCUACGGCAACAAAAAUGGCCUAAUCAUUUAACAAUUGACGUUAUUCUAGUACAAAAUAUAACAAUCCAGACAAAUUAAUUGCCAGGAUAAUACAAAAUUUUAAAAGUAGUGACAAAGCUGCCAUAUAUAAAUAAAAUUUAAUAUCAAUAGAUUGAAUUCUACAAAGUAAAUUCUUAUCCACAGACUUAGGUAGAAAAGUAAAAUCUACGUAAAUCUUUUCAUCCUUGACAUUAAUUAUACGAUUAUUUCAUACCUGUGGUAAUUGCAUAUUUAGAAAAA